AUGGCCACGUACGAUCAACAAUUUCCGUAUGGAUUUGAAGAGUACCCACAGAAUUUAGAAUUUCAAAAUUUUGAAUCAUCACCAAACAACUAUCAAUAUAAUUCAUCGAAUCUCUAUCCUUCGUCACCAUUUGCGGAUGCCUAUGCGUCACCAAAUCCAUCUCAAAUUCAACCAAAUAUAUUUACACCAACAUUUGAAACAAAAAAUAAUGAAUUGAAAGAUCACUUAGGAUAUGAUGAAGACGAACCGCCGUUGCUUGAAGAGUUAGAAAUUAAUCCAACAAGAAUUGUGGAAAAAUCUCUUGCAGUACUAAAUCCUUUUCAUUCAAAAGGUCUUGCUGAUGAUCCUGAAUUCUUUUUCAAGGAAACAGAUUUAGCUGGUCCUAUUGGUUUCUACUUAGCACUUGCAUUUUGUCUUUUCCUUUCUGACUCGGGAAAAGACAUGUUUGGAUAUGUUUAUGGAUUAUCAUUACUCUCUGUGAUGUUUAUGUAUGUCUUAAUGAAGCUGAUGUCAACUACACUCAACGAUGUACGUAAUUAUAUCUCAAUAACAAGUGUUGCCAGCAUUUUAGGAUACAGCAUCUUACCAAUAGUCUGGUUGAGUGUUCCUGGAAUAUUUUUCUCGCUAAACAACAAAAUUGGAAUUUUAUUGGCUGGUGCAGCUGUUCUUUUAAGCACAACAGCGUCUUCAAGAAUAUUUUGUCUCAUGACCGGUGAUCAAAACCAAAGAUUUCUCAUUGCUUAUCCAUGCGCUGUCGUUUAUGUCAUCUUUACUCUGCUUGUUCUCUUUUAA